AAAUUGGAAGGAAGAUGAAGAUGAAGAUGAGGAGUGAUGUAGUGAUAGAAGUCAUACAAGUCAGAACUGCAAACGGGAAAUCAUAAUUGGUUUGAUCCUCGGCUGUGCCUGUUGCUCGUCUCCUCCAUCGAUCGGCUCCAGGCGUUUGUUGAUCGAGCAAGCAACUAGUAUCGAUGGCAUCCUCCUAUAAUGACGCAGAAAGAGUAGAUCGGGGCAUCAAGGGGCAGAAGAAACAAGAAGAAGAGGAAGGCGACGGCUUCCUUGAUAAGGUCAAGGAUUUCAUUCACGACAUUGGGGAGAAGAUCGAGGGAGCUAUCGGAUUCGGUAAGCCCACUGCGGAUGUGGCUGCAGUUCACAUCCCCUGCAUCAAUCUUGAGAAGGCCGAGAUUGUGGUGGAUGUGCUCAUUAAGAAUCCUAAUCCGGUCCCCAUCCCGCUCGUUGACAUCAACUACCUCAUCGAAAGUGAUGGAAGGAAACUCGUGUCCGGAUUGAUCCCCGACGCCGGAACAAUCCACGCCCAUGGGGAAGAGACUGUCAAAGUUCCACUUCACUUGAUUUUCGAUGACAUCAAGAGCACCUACAAUGAUAUCGAGCCUGGAAGCAUUAUUCCCUACAGGAUCAAGGUUGAUCUCAUUGUGGAUGUCCCUGUUCUCGGCAGGCUCACUCUCCCACUUGAGAAAACUGGGGAGAUUCCUAUACCCUACAAACCUGAUGUUGAUGUUGACAAAAUUAAGUUUCAAAAAUUCUCCUUUGAAGAGACUGUUGCAGUGCUCCAUUUGAAGCUCGAGAACAUGAAUGACUUUGACUUGGGCCUCAAUGCUUUAGACUACGAGAUUUGGCUCUCUGAGGUCAGCAUCGGAGGCGCUGAGCUCUCCAAAUCUGCCACACUUGCAAAGAAGGGUACCACUUUUGUUGAUGUUCCUAUUACCUUCCGGCCUAAGGAUUUUGGCUCUGCGCUCUGGGAUAUGAUUCGGGGUAAGGGUACUGGCUAUAGCAUCAAAGGCCACAUCGAUGUUGACACUCCCUUCGGGGCCAUGAAGUUACCCAUUGUCAAGGAGGGGGGUACCACACGCCUCAAGAAGAGCAAGGAAGACGGAGGUGAUGACGAUGAUGAGGACUAGAGUGGGAGGGGUUUGGCAUUGGCAUCUGCUUGCAAUCAAACUAGUGGUUGUUGCUUGUUGUCUGUUUUUCUGUACGAGUAUUUUAGAAAAUAAUAGUUAUUAAGGCGCUUGAACUUGAAGUUUUAACUUCUGUCGAAGUGUAUUAUCUGUUUGCAGAAAAUGUUGGAUAAAAUUUAAACUUAUCAUAUAAAUAAGCUUUUUCUUUA